UAUCGCAAACCACAGAAAUACCGUAAUGAUGAGCAUCCAAGCAUCAACAACAAUAACAACAACAACAACAACAAUAUAAAGACAAACAUCACAACAACAACCACAACAACAACAACAACAUCAGCAACAGCAACAAAUCAAUACCUAAGUAAUGACAACUAUUUAGAGAGCAAUCGAUUUAGCAGCCAAGUAUCAUCCAAUUCCUUAGAUCUGAGAUCGGUUGAGCUGCAGCAGGAACAACAGCAGCACUACAACAGCAACUACUACUAUUACUACAACUACAAUUUGAGCUAUGCACCACCGCCGGCAGCACCGCACGAGUGCCUACUCGGCGGCCCGAAGGGGCUGCUCCAACAAUUGAGGCGCCGCACCCGCCACGAGCUACAGCAGUGGCCGCUGCUCAUGCAGCUGGUGGUGCUGAUCCUGUGGCUGCACGGCAAGUUCUGGCAGAUCGUACACGAGCAGAUCCUGAUGCAACGCAGGCGCUGGCAUUGAUGUGGAGCUGGAGCGGAUUGGCAUCGAGUUGGUGUAGCUUGGUUUUUGGUAUGCCGUGAGAACUAUGCUUAAGUUAAUAACUAUGCCACUCUUUCGAAUUCAAACUCAAACUCAAACUCAAAUUCCAAUUCAAAUUCAAAUUAAAUAAAUAUAAUCCAAAUAUGCUGCUUAAAUGCUCCCCCUCCUAAAAAAAAAAACACAACA